AUGUUCUUAAAGAAGCACUUGGGCUUCCGGAGCCCUCCGUGUUCGUUUCCUGUUGCAAAUGAAACGGUGAAAAAAGCAAAGUAUGUGAAAGCUCGGAUUUUGUGCAAGAUUGUUGCAGGAUGGGCGAUUAUACUCACCAGACGAUGUGGAAACUUCGCACUUCAUAUGCUUCCUAAACAAUUAGCACUUACAGUCAUCUUGUUUUAUCGGCCAAACGCAUUAAUACAGUCGUGUCUGAACGAUCUCAAGCUCGGUGCAGUUGCGCAAGAGGUUACUCUGGAAACGGCGCGUUAG